AUGGACACCGCACAGGACGUGGUGCCGCCUGCAGAGGCGAGCGGCAAACCGCAGGCAUUGGAAGACCACAUUGACGAGAAUAUGGUCAUCGACAACGAGGAGCUGGGCGACCACGAUGAAGAUGAGUUGAAUGAGGAGGACAUGAAGCAGCUGAAGGCACACCGUGGUGCAUGUCGUUUGAGGACUCGAGACGCCGGCCAGAAGCACCCCUAUGAUGCCGAUGACGGCGGCAACGACAACGACAAUGACGAUGAUGAGGAUGAUGAUGAAUACAUCGCUGAGGAUGACGACGGAGACAGCGAUUAUGUGGCGGAGGAAGAAGAAGAGGAGGAGGAUGACGAGCAGGACGACGACGAUGACAAUGAUGCUGGCCUUGUCGCCGUGCACGGCGAUGGGCCCGGCAGCAGGAAUAGCAGGAGGCGGGCACGGAAAGGUGGCCGCCGAGUGAAAGGCGGUGGUGCUCGCGUGCGCCGCCAGCACACAUCAACGUCCUCGGCUGGUGAUGUGCCGCCACUCAAACGAGCGAAGAGCAACAUCAACCGCCACCGCCGCGACAUCAAGGAGAUCCAACGGCAGAGCUCCGCCAUGAAGCAGGCGCAGGAACGCGAGCUGCUGCGGCAGCAGCGCAAGAUUGCCGCCUUUCGCACCCACGAACAGGAUCUCAAACAUAAACAACAAGGCAAGCAACAACAACAACAACAACAACAACAACAACAACAACAACAACAACAACAACAACAACAACAACAACAACAACAACAACAGCAACAGCAACAACAACAACAGCAGCAGCAGCAGCAGCAGCAGACAGAGAGCAACCGCAAGUGCGCGGACGGCACAAUCAAGCAGGAAGCUCAGCCCGAUGAAGCUGGGCACAAGCACCGACUGUCAUCCACAUCGUCACAGUCACAGAGCCGCCACCCCUCCCGGAGCGAGACGCCCGCGCCAAAGAUGCAACGACUGCCAUCGCAGACGACAGAGGAGCCGAAAGAGGAGGAGGUGGCUGUGAAGCAGGAGGAACAGGCAGCGAGCGUCGAGGAAGGCGCCGCAGACACGACAAUCGCAGCCAGCGCAGCUGUAUCUGAGGCAACGGCUGCAGCUGCUACCACUUCUUCUGCACCAGCUGCUGCACCAGCUGUGAAAACGGAACAGGGCGAGAGCACACCAACACACCCGUCCGAGGCACCCACGCCAGAGUUUCCAUCGCAGCCGCAGCAAGAAGAAGAGCAGCAGCAACAACAACAACAACAACAACAACAACAACAACAACAACAACAACAACAACAACAACAACAACAACAACAACAACAACAACAACACGAGGUGGACAUGAUGGACGACAUCUUCCAGCUUGAGCCGGCGCCACCCGACAUGGCAGCCGUCGCCACAACACAAGCAGAAGCAGAAACCUCUGGGGCGUAUGCGGUCGGGGGUUCACAGAGCGAUGCCUUUGAUAACAUGUUUGAUCUCCCACCCGUGGACGCUGGGCCCAUCACCCUUGAUGACGACGAUGACGAUGAUGAAGAUGAAGAGGACGAAGAGGACGAAGAGGAGAUCAUCGACAUUGAGGACGAUGAGGACCCGGAAGUGGAGCAGAUGGUGCAGUCGUUCUCCACCAACCCGCGCUUCCUCCAUCUCGACGACUCGGUGAAUGUUGUCGAGGACGAUCAGAUUGAGAUCAACGUGAACCGCACGGGGAGCGAGGGCCCCGUGUAUGUUGCGCAGGAGCUUGUCCCAUACCUCAAGCCGCACCAGAUUGGCGGCGUGCGCUUCAUGUGGGAGAAUGUUGUCGACAGCCUGGAGGACUUUGACACGAGCGAGGGCUUUGGUUGCAUCCUCGCCCACUGUAUGGGACUCGGCAAGACCCUGCAGGUUGUGACGUUUACGGAGCUCUUUCUCCGCGCCACGCCCGCAUCUUGCGUCAUGGUCGUCGUCCCCGUCAACACCGUCCAGAACUGGAGAAACGAAUACCUCAAGUGGCUCAAGUCUGCGAAUCUGCCCAACAUCUUUGUUGCGCGCGACGGACGAAACUUCCGGGAACGUCUCGAAACCAUCAAGAGCUGGAAGGAGGCGGGCGGGGUGCUGAUUGUCGGGUACGAAAUGCUGCGCCGCCUUGCGCGGGAGGAGGGCCGUGUCGCCAAAUCCCUCAAGUCCAUGACCGCCACCGCCUCCUCAGCAUCGUCGUCGUCGACACAAACGAUUCCCGAGGACGUGGAGGAGUUUUCUGAGAUCCAGCAGGCGCUGCUCAACCCGGGGCCGGACCUGGUCGUGUGCGACGAGGGGCACCGCAUCAAGAACGAGAAGGCUGCAAUCUCAAAAGUGCUGAAGAAGAUUCGAACAGCCCGCCGCGUCGUCCUCACGGGGUCCCCACUGCAGAACAACCUCGAGGAGUACUGGUGCAUGGUUGACUUUGUGCGACCAGACCACCUCGGCACCCUGGAGGAGUUUCGCAACAUGUUUGUCAAUCCCAUCAUGAACGGAAACUGCGUCGACUCGCGACAAGAGGACGUGAAGCUGAUGCGGUACCGAACGUACGUACUACACAAGAUGCUGUCGGGUUUCGUGCAGCGCCGCGAUGACCGCAUUCUCAACCGCUCGCUCCCGCGCAAGCUGGAAUACGUUCUCCCCGUCAAGAUGUCCGACACGCAGGAGGCCCUUUACAAACACAUGCUGCAGUAUGUGCUUGAGGAGGAGGGCCGCAAAGGGCGGCUGUUCCGCGCAUACUCGACGGCGGUGAUGAUCUGGAACCACCCGGAUGUGUUCUACCACAUGGCCAUGAAGCCGCUCGCCCCCGAGGAGGCGAAGCGACGCGACCUCCUCAAGCGCAUUGCCGAGCUCAAGAAGCAGCGCGUUGCCCUGUUUGCCCGCCAGGACGCCAUCAUGGCCGAGAUGAGGAAGGCAGCGCCGUACCAGCAGCGCCAGCAGCAGCAACAGGCGGGACACCAGGGCCAGGCUCAGCAGCAGCAACAGGCGGGACACCAGGGCCAGGCUCAGCAGCAGCAGCCCCCACAGCCACAGCAGUUGCAACCGCACCAGCAGCAACCGCACCCACAGCCACAGCAGCAGCCGCAGCAACAAGCAUCAACCUCUCAAGCACCCCCUCAACAACAACAACAACAACAACAACAACAACAACAACAACAACAACAACAACAACAACAACGACAACCGCCCGUGUCGCGCCUGCAAGCGGUGCCAUUAUCACCGCCCAUCUCCGCAGAGCGCCGGCACAAACUCGGCAUCGAAUUCCACGAGAUACAGGCGCAGCUGGCCGAUGUGGUGAAGGAGCUUGAGGAGGCGGAGAUGAGCGUUCCGCUGAAGAAGAGAAAGCGCGACGCUGCGGAUCACACGUGGGCACGCCCCUAUUUCGAGUCGACAGACUUCAAGCCGGGCAGCUUGCAUAAUGGCAGCAAGUUUGUCGUCCUCCUCACCAUGCUGCACCUGUGCGUGCAGCUGCGGGAGAAGGUGCUCGUGUUUUCGCAGAGCCUGUUUGCGCUUGACCUCGUUGAGUCGUUCCUUAAGCGCCUUGUUGUGCCGGGCACGCGCGAGGCGUGGCAGAAGAAGAAGCACUACUUUCGCCUGGACGGCAGCACGUCUGCGUCCGAGCGAGCAGACAUGAUUGAGGCGUUUAACGACCGCUCCAACCUGGACAUGCACGCGUUUCUCAUCUCCACGCGUGCGGGCUCGCUGGGCAUCUCGCUAACGGCGGCGUCGCGGGUUGUCAUCCUGGACACAUCGUGGAACCCUUCGCAUGACGCGCAGGCCGUGUGCCGCGUGUACCGAUACGGACAGGACAAGCCAUGCUUCAUCUACAGGCUCGUCGCAGCAGGGACGAUGGAGGAGACGAUCUACAACCGGCAGGUGACGAAGGUCGGGCUGGCAAACCGCGUGGUGGACACGGAGAACCCCGAGCGCCACUUCACCGAGGACCAGCUCAGGCAGCUCUUCACAUACAACGCGCCGGCUGCUGUGACGGAGGAGACGGCGCCGCGCGACAUCAGCGACGGGCGCGAUAUCAUCCUCAAGAAAAUCUGCGAGGGCGACUGCAAGAAGCACCUUGCAAAGGCUCCGUUCAUGCAUUCGUCGAUGCUUGAAGAGUGCACGGAGGACGACGAGCUCUCGAAGAACGAGCAGGAGGAUGCACUCAGACGAUAUGCGCGGGACAAGCUUGACCUGUCCAACACCGAGCAGCGCGCUGCCGGCGGUGUUGAGGAGCAGGCCGACUUUGGCCAACUCACGUUCAUGUCAGACUUCCACAGCACCGCAAACAUGUACGCCAACACCUUCAACUCGGCCGCUGCGCCCUACCAGCAACAGUACCCGUCCCCGUAUCACUACCAGCAGCGGCAGCAGCAGCAGCAGCCACAGGCCGGUGCAUACAUGGGCCAGCCGCACUACACGCCGUCUGCAUCGUCCUCUGCAUCCUCGUACUCGUCUGCACACACAUACGCGCCGUCAAUGGGUGGCAUGCAGCAACCGCCCAUGGCUCCACAGCAGCACCAGCUGCUGCAGCAGCAGCCAUCGUCGUUGUCUGCUGGUGUGCCGGGCAUGUCGUCUGCCCAGCACAGCGCUGCAAUGUCGUCAUCGUCCUCAGCAUCGGCAGCGGCGCCAUAUGCGUACUACCCACAAUACCAGCAGCAGCACCAGCAGUACCAGCAGUACCCGGGCCAACCUUACCAGCAGCCGUCCUCGUCAUCAUCCAACCCACCGCCGCCAGCAUCAACGGCAGCAGCGCCGCAAUACUCGCAACAAACACACCAACAAACACACCAGCAGCAGCAAGGUGGAUACGCACAGGCGGCGUACCCGGCCGCUCCCAGUCAUGCGCAAUACCAGCAGCACUACCAGCAGCAGCAGCCGGGAGGCACGGGGACGAAUGCCAUGACGGCGCCAGUGUCGCUGCCGACGGGUGCAGCGCCAGCGGCCACAACAGCGCCCUCCGCUUACUACCAGCAGCAACAACCGCAACAGUAUCAGCAACAGCCGCAACAAGCACAACAACCGCAGCCACAAGCGUAUCCCCAGCUGCAUCAGGCACAACAGCCACCACAGUAUCAGCAACCGCACACGCAGCAGCAGCAGCAGCAGCCGGGUGACGAUCCCAACGGACGCGCGGCAAGCCCGCUCUUUGGUGAUUUCACGGACGGCGACGCCGAUAUGGGGAUGGACAUUGAUGAUGCGGUUGAUGGCCAUGAUGAGGUGCCACCGCUGGGUGACGCGCAAGAGUAACACCACCGCCUGUUAUCGCAGCUACAAAAACAAGAGCAGCACCAGCUGCAUUAGUCGUCGCAUAAUCGAACACCAUGUUAUGUUUCUUUCUCUGCCUUGGCCCAUGUCAAAUCGCGACGUUUUGUUUGUUGUAUUUCUCCUGUUUUGCCCUUCAUAUGUGUGUCUCGUCUGUGUGUGUGUGUGUGUGUGUGUGUCUCGUCUGUGUGUGUGUGUGACACGGUUGUUGAUGUUUGAUGUAUUUUGGACUGUUCCAUGUUGACGUUUAUUUGGUUGUUGCUUAGGACAGACUCUUCUUCUUCUGCUUCGUUCGCCCUCCUUCUUGCGAACAUGGCUAUGCUGUAUGCUUGGGCUAUGCAUGUACCUGCCCACAGCAAGCAAGGAUUGCGUAGCUUCGCCCGUGCUAACUAAACCACGCCACCA